AUGAGCUGGCAUAUCAAGCAUGCCCAGUCACCCAGAGCCCCUCGAGCCCCUGCUGUGGAUAGCCGCGUCGCUCUCCGCGAAGGAUGUCUGGGUGGGUGUUCCAAAAACCCCACUUUCGCGCUCCACGCCACGGGGCGACCCUCGCGCGCGUCGCCCGAGGCUCCGUCGACCGCUCGCGCCGACACCGCGCACCCCCCGCGCGCGCCGCGAUAUCUCCACGCCGUGCUGACGCCCCUCUCUCCCGUCCCGCCCGUUCCCCCCCUCCCCCCUUCGCAGACCCUCCCGGGCUCGCACGGCGACCCAUCGUCCCCGGGCGCGUCCUCCCCGGGUUCCCCAUCGUCGCGAUCGCGGAGGCCGACCAACCGCCGGCGCCGCGGCGGCACGCUCCUCGUCGUCGCCGCGCAGUCCCAGCUCGACGGCGCCAGGUGGCAGGUCUACCCGGCGUACAUGUCCGCCGUCGCGUGCACCUUGGUGGACGUCGUCGCCGGUGGCUUCGGCCGGUGGCGUGGCGUCGACGUGCACCCAUUCGUGUGCAAGAUCGUCGCGGGCCUGGGGGGGGUCGGGGCGCUGGUGUCCACCGCCGCGGGGGUGUUCGCGCCGGUGUUCCUGUUCCCAAAACCCACCGGGCCGUACCGCACGGGGAAGACCACGCGGUUGUGGAUCGACGCGACGCGCCGGUCGUGGCUCCUUCGCGGCAAGGCGAGGAUCGGAAAAAAUCCGGAGAGUCGGAUGCUCAUGGCGAACGUGUGGUAUCCCGCCGCCGCGCCCAGACCCAGGCUCCGACGCGAACGACGAAUCGACGAUGGGAAGAAGGAUAAAAGUAACAAUAACGAUAACCCGGCGGGUUCGAACCCGGGACGAGAGAACGACGACGGGUACGUCUCCGGGAGCGACGGCGGGUGCGACAGCGGCGACGACCUCGGCAAGCACUGGCCGGACGACGAGGCGGCGAAGUUGCACUACGAGGCGAUGGCGCAGGAGAAGCUGCUUCGAGCCCAGGUGCUGGGUUCACCCGACGGGAAGAGGCGCGGGGGGGCCGGGGCGGACGCCACCGGCGGCGUCAGCAUUCCCGAUCGCAUCACCAUCGCCAACGCCCGCAAAGCGGAGGCUCGCCGUCGGCGGCGGCGGCAGCGGGGUAAGCGGACGCACUGGCUCGAGCCCACGCUGGCGACGACGAUGGCGGUGUCGUUCGCGCUCCCGGGGUGGAUCGUGGAUUACUUCAGGCUGGUCCGGAUGGAGGCGCGCGUGGACGUUCCCGUGGCGGAUCCCCCCGCCGCGUCGUCGUCGCUGGACGGGUGCACCGAGGGCUUCCCGCUCGUGCUCUUCUCGCACUCCUUCACCGGCAUGAAGGAGCAAAACUCCAGUCUGCUCCAGGAGCUCGCGUCGUGGGGGCACAUCGUCGUGGCGGUGGACCACCCCCACGACGCCGCGCUCGUGCUGUACCCCGACGGGUCCACCGCGGAUUUUCGAGGGUACGACAUGCCGAUGGAAUCCGAACCGAGAAACUGGUGGCGGUUUCGGCACGAACACGCGCGGUGGCGGGCGCUCGACUUGGCGCACGCGCUCGAGAGGAUCGUGGACGCCAACGGGGACCCCGACAGCCCGCUGCAUCGGAAGGUGGACCUGACGCGCGUCGCCGCGGUGGGGCACUCGUUCGGGGGCGCCGCGUGCCUUAUGCUCGCGCAGAUGGACCCGAGGAUCACCAGCGUGGUGCUGAUGGACCCGUGGAUGUGGCCGCUGGGCAAGGAGUCGACGGUCGCGGGCGCGCCGUGCCCGCUGCUCGUGCUCGAGGCUCCGGAGUUUUUGUGGGACAGGGACAUCUUCUGCGUGAACAACGGGGAGAUGUCGUCGCUGCUGUGCGCGGCGACGGCGCCGCAGUGCGCGGGGGUGAGACCGAGGUCGGAACCCCCCACGCCGUCAAAGACCCCUCGGCCGUCCAAGAUGGAUUCGAGAAGGAUCAGCGACGGAUCCGUCCGGUUCGACGACAUGAUCGGCGACGACGGACGCGAACACGGCGCCGGGGAGGACGAUGGGGAGGACGGAGACCGUUCUUCAAGGCCUUCGGUGUCGUCGGGGGAGGCGCCCACCGGCCCCGCCGGAGAGAGCGCGCUGGAGAGAGCCCGCGCGAGGGAUUUGGCGCAAAAAAAAGAAUCGGCGGGGAUCGAGGCGGGGAUCGAUCCCGCGACGUACGCGGGGGAGGAUCCCGCGCACGCGCACGCCCCGCCCGGGUUCAUCGGCGCCUCCGUCGACGGGUUCAAGGGCGUGGGUUUUUACACCGAGGACGGGUUCUACCACGCCGGGUCCCCGCCCGUGUCGCCGACGUCCGUGCGACAGGGCGUCUUCAAACGGCCGCAGCACCCGAGGAGUUCCAGCCAGGAUAACCUGGCCGCGAUGGGCGACGGCGGGGGAAGCGGGUCCAACCUCGCCGGGUCCCAAACCGGGUCCGGGUCCCUCGCUCGCUCGAGGUCGGGGAGCAGGUCCAACCUCCUGGGACGCGCGGGGUCGUCGGGCGGGCUGGGAAUCGAACCCGGCACGUCCGGUUCGGGCGGCGAGGCGCUUAAACGCUCGGGCAGCAGCUCGGGGUGGACCGAGAUCCUCGACGCCGUAAACCCGCCGGCGACGACGACCGACGGAGGCGACGACGACGGAGGAGGAGGAGGAGGCGGCGGCGGCGGCGGGGGUGGAUGGGGCAACACCGGCCCGCCGCUCGCGGGCCGUCCGCCGCCGAGGACGGACUCGUGGGAGUCGCUCCUGGCUCCGUUUCGGGGCCAUCGCGGGGGCGGAUCCGGAGCGCUCCGCCGCUCCCGCGCCAACUCGUUCAACAGCGGCAGCGACUGGGACGGCUCGCACCUCGGCACCACGCGCGACCCCUCCGGGAUCGCGUUCAAAGCUGUCGUCGACUCCGCGAUGCACUUCGACUUUACCGACAUGGCGAUGGUCGCGCCGCUGACGACGACGAUGCUGGGGUGGGUCGGUCGGGGCGGCCGCGAAGUCCACGACGUGUCAUCCGCGUGCGUCUUGAGAUUCCUUCGAUCGUUUAACCACGCGCGCGAACCCGAUGCGGCGUCACCGGACGCUAAGGACCUCGAGCGACUCCGCGCGGGGCUGUUGAGCAGGACGCCGGUGUCGGAGGUGUUGCCCGCGAGGGAGUGGGGAUUCGCGGGUGGGCACGCGUUUGGCGGGCACGGUGGGGUCGUUGCCGCGAAGACGUCGUUCCCGGCGGCGGGGAUCCCGGACGGCCAAACCCCGCACCCGAACCCGAACGAACCGGCCGAACCCGUCGGAAGCGGCGCGCGACCCCCCCGCGAGCGCAAGGGCCCGCUGAGCCCGCUGCGGAACAAGCUGAAGAUGCCGCCGCUUCCGAUCCCGGACAGGCUCAGGCGGAUCCGAUUGCCGCCGCGGCCGCCCCACGAGAUGACCUCCCCAGCCGAGCGCGCGAGGCGCGCGAGGCUCCUGCGGCAGUACCGCGGCAGCUUCGACGCGACGCACGUGCCGGAGAACUGGAUGGAGCUGGAGUCCAUCGCGUCAGAUUCGGAUGGGGAGACGCCAGACGCGGAUGACGACGACGGAGCCACCGACGGGGGAUACGCCAGCGGCGACGACGAGCCGAAGACCCCCGCGGGGAUUGGACACGUGACGAACGACGACGACGACGACGACGGCGCCGGGGGGAACGACGAAUCGUUCGACGAGUUCGCCACCCCGACGGCUCGCCUCGGGUUUACGAGCGCUCCAUCCGCGGAUGGGGAAUCGCCCGGCUUUGUCAGCGCGGAGAGCUCGCCGGCGCAAGCGACGGGUCUCCCUCCCGGCGUCAACGACGCGUCGAUCGAGCGCCGCGACGACCCGGGGGGUUCGGGUUCGGGUCCGACGAUCGAUCGCGGCGACGGUCCGGGGAGGGUCGGUCGGCAAGGUUCCGGAAAGGUUCCGGAGCCGUCGCCGGAGCGCGCCCCUCCGGGUGCGAUCGUCGAUCUCGAUCGAUCGCCGUACCCGGUGGAGGUCAAGCCCCGCGGCGUGCGCUGGGUCAAAUCGCACGAGUGGACGCUCGCCGCGGACCGGGAGUGGACGGAGUCCCAACGGCGCGAGAUGCGCUGGUUGCUUCACGAGGCGACGGCGCGGGGCGUUCGGCUGCAACCCAGCGACUUCGUCGCCAUGUUUCCCAGCUUCGACUCCGCUGCCAUUAGACGCGCGGCGGUGGAGGAGCUGACGACGCUGCACGCGCACCCGCCGCCGAAGCCGCUGGUGUGGAUGUCGCAGAUGAUCGUGGACGAGAGCGGGGAGCUGCGGAGCAAGCACGACAGGCCGCACUAG